UAUGGAAUAUGAUUAAAAUUGAUAAACUUAUAUGGUCGAAGUUUUUAAUUUUUGUAUAAUAGUUCUUAAGUUAGAAAUCGUUAAGUGUUAUCAUCAUAGUUCAAAUUAACAUUUCUAAUCAGUAAGAAAAGAUCAUUAUAUUAAAAAUGGGUAUACCGAAGUUCUUUCGAUAUAUAAGCGAAAGAUAUCCUUGUCUUACUGAAAAAUUGAAGGACUAUCAAAUACCUGAAUUUGAUAAUUUAUAUUUAGAUGUGAAUGGUAUUAUACAUGAUUGCUCACAUCCGGAUGACAUGGAUAUUACAUUCCGUAUUUCAGAAGAGACCAUAUUCAAAAAUAUAUUUCAUUACAUAGAAGUAUUGUUUCGUAUGAUCCAGCCUCAGAAGUUAUUUUUUAUAGCAGUUGAUGGUGUGGCACCACGUGCGAAAAUUAAUCAACAAAGAAGCAGACGAUUCAAGAAUGCGAAAGAUGCAAAGAUUCAGGAAGAUAAAGCAAAGAUUAAGGGUACGACUUUACCCAAAGAAAAAAGAUUUGAUUCUAACUGUAUAACUCCAGGAACGGUUUUUAUGUCCAAACUUGAUGAACAAUUAAAGUAUUUUAUUACAUAUAAGAUAUCAACUGACAAACUUUGGCAAAAGUGUAAAGUCAUAUUCAGUGGGUCCCAGGUUCCUGGAGAAGGAGAACACAAAAUAAUGGACUAUAUACGUUAUAUGAAAACACAAGCAAAUUAUGAUGUAAAUACAAAACAUUGUUUAUAUGGUUUAGAUGCAGAUUUAAUAAUGUUAGGUUUAUGUACACAUGAAGUACAUUUUACAUUACUGAGAGAAGAAGUGACAUUUGGUAAAAAACAAAAAAAAGUUUGUUUAACACCAGAAGAGACAAAAUUUUGUCUGUUUCAUUUAUCUCUGUUAAGAGAGUAUAUAAAUCACGAAUUUUCCUCAUUAAAGGAAAAAUUGCCUUUUCCAUAUAAUUUGGAAAAUAUAAUCGACGACUGGAUUUUAAUGGGAUUUCUUAUAGGAAAUGAUUUUAUACCACAUCUGCCAAAUUUACAUAUUGUACACGGCGCAUUAUCUGUAUUGUAUCAAGUAUAUAUGGAUGUAAUGCCUACAUUAGAUGGUUACAUAAAUGAAACAGGAACGUUACGAUUAGAUAGAUUUGAAAAAUUUAUGGAAAGACUUAGUCGUUUUGACACAUUGCAAUUUUCGGAGUAUUACGCAGAUCUAAAGUAUCUCGAAAGUAAGACAGGGAGAACUGAAACUGAGAACUCCAAUGACAAAAGGUCAGGAAGCACUGAAGAGACUCGUUCUCCAAGGAAAAUGCAAGAUAAGGAAUUCGAUGCUUUACUUAGAUCUGCCGCGGAUAUGUCAACAGGAAAGUAUGAUGAUGAUGAAUAUGGUGAUGAUAAAUCAGAUUGUGAAAUGUACACUAUGGAAUUCGUUCAAUGCAAAAAGGAUUAUUAUAUAAAUAAACUAAAAUACGAAAAUAUAGACGAAGAUUUUUUACGUUCACAAGCUGAGGGUUACGUUAGAGCAAUUCAAUGGAAUUUAAAUUAUUACUAUAACGGUUGUUGCAGCUGGUCGUGGUAUUAUCCACACCAUUAUGCACCUUAUAUUUCGGAUAUAAAAGAUUUUAAAGACUUGAAAUUGGAAUUUGAUUUAGGGGAACCAUUUUUACCGUUCGAACAAUUAUUAGCUGUGUUGCCAUCUUAUAGUAAAGACUUAUUACCGCCAGCAUUCCAAACAUUGUUAACCGAGGAUCAAUCUCCUAUAAUUAAAUAUUAUCCGACGAAUUUUGAGACAGAUUUAAAUGGCAAGGAGCAGGAAUGGGAAGCUGUAGUACUCAUUCCAUUCAUAAAUGAGAAAGAUAUAGUAGACGCAAUGGCGCCUCAUUAUCCACAAAUAACUCCGGAAGAACGGGCAAGAAACAGGCAUGGUCCAAUGUGUUUGUUCACUUAUACAGAAGAAAAUUUAGGUGCUUAUAAGGCACCUGAAUAUUUUCCUGACAUUAUUAAUCACGCAAAAGUUGAACUAAUUAAUCGUGAGGACAUUGCUGUACCUCGGGAAAAAUUAGUUCGGGGCUUGUCUCCUGGUGUAAAGCUGGAUGUAUAUUAUCCUGGUUUUUCUACUCUACAAUAUAUAAAACAUACUGCGAGUUUAGAAAAAGCCAAAGUAAAGGUAUUCCAGAGACAUUCACGCCGAGAAAGUAUGAUUCUCCACAUAAAACCACAGUCCAAUAUUGACUUAACAACCAUAGGUUCGAAAUUAUUAGGUAAAACAGUGUACGUGAAUUGGCCUCACUUGAAGGAAGGUUUGGUAAUCGGUGUUUCUGAAUCGAGCAGGAAGAUGAAUUCGGUUAAUCAGUUUGACAACACCAAUGAAACAGAAUGGAAUGUGUGGAAGAAACGUGUAACAGAAAUGUAUAAGGACCAUCUCGGAGUGGAUAUCGGAGAUACGAAGUUUUUAGUUCAUGUACGACUAUUGGUAGGCAAAAAGUACAUCUUUAACGCUCAAGGGAAGGUGAACAUCGAGAAGCACUGGACCGAAAUGCCAACUUGUUAUGCUUAUCAGACUAUAGUAAAAGAUAUCACAACCUAUUGUAAUAAUGUACAAUUAUACAAGACUGUCAGUGAUAUCUUUGAACCAGGAACUGUAUGUUUCAUGUUGGCUCAUCCAUAUUAUGGAGCAAUGGGAAAAGUACAUGAAUCCGCGGUCUGUAAGAAUUCGGGCAGAAUAAAAGUAUCUGUAACAACGAUGCGAGAGCCGUCGUUUGAAGCGAUCAAACAGAUUCAAGCAGAUCUCCAAACCCAAUAUAUGCACGGCAGCGUAGCUUCGCAGAGGUUGGGUAUAAGCUCUCUGCUUUUAAGUAGAAUUACCGGCUCGAUUUUCGUAAAACAAUCCUCAAAUGAACUUCAGCAAGAUGAUGUUAGAUAUAAUAUCGGAUUUAAUUUAAAGUUCAACAAAAAGAACGCGGAGAUACCUGGUUACACUAGAAAAGUAGAACUUGGUCAAUGGUAUUACAGUCCUAAAGUUCUCGACUUAAUCCAUAGCUACAUGUUGAGGUGCCCCACUUUGUUUGAGCGAUUAGCUCAAAAUCCAACCACAUGUAUUUUUCAAGAAGAUGAUCUAUUUACUAAAGGUUCUGAAGAACUAACUGAUACAGUGGCAUGGUUGAAAGAUCAACUUCAUGGAAUAGAAAGUCGUGCCUGUGGCAGGGAAAUUAUCGAGAAUACUAUAAUGGAAAAACUUGAAGAAAUAGUGGACGCGUAUCUCGAGUCACCAAAUAGCAUUGGAAAAAUUGUGGACAUGCAAGUUCAACCAUAUUUGCUUUAUACACCUACUUUGCGUAUAAAAAACCUUCCACCUGAUCCAAAAACGCAGACUCAGCUAUUGGACAGAAUUUGCAGUAUUAAAGAUAAUUUCACAGUACCUCUUGGAUACAAGGGAACUAUAAUUGGAAUACAAAAGAUGGAAAAUACGUUGGACACUAUGUACGAUGUUUUGUUCGACAAACCAAUCAUAGGUGGAGUUAGCAUAAAUGGAUCUUCUGAAUUCCGCGCGUAUCGUUUAUCAGUCUUUGAUUUUAUAAAUAUCAGUUAUGGGCAGAGAAUAGAGCAGGGUAAAGGAACGCAAAUGAAUAUAGAAUCCACAGAGCAAUGGAAGAACAUCAUGGCUAUCAAUCAGAACGCUCAAUCGCGCACAAAUGCCAGCAAUGUUAUAUAUAGGAACGAAAAGCAUUUAAUGGUGGAAGCACCAAUGUCACCAAAGUCAUGGUCUACACAAAAGAAUAUAGAGGAAAUCCCGAAGAAUCAGCUGCCUUAUAAAUUCAAGCAGUAUAACGCGCAGAACACUGUGAACGUUCGGAAAUCGCAUAAACCAAUAGCAAAAAGCGUACAGCUUUCUCAAAACGUACCGAAGAAGCUGAUGGCAGAACCGACAUCCGAGUUCCAAGCAAUAUGGAACGAAUUGCAUAAAAAACAGGAGCUAAUCAAAGCUGUGCCACAAGCCGAAAAUUCACUACAAGAUCCUAGUGCUUUCUUAAAAGCAGUAUUAAAAAUUUCCGAUGGAAACUCUCAAGAACCUGUCCAACCUAGAGUAUCUAAAACAACUAAAAGUUUAAAUAACUCACAAGAAGAAAAGAAGGCAUUGGACACGCCACCUUUAGUGCAACAAAUGUUUGAUCAUGCUCGACAGAACGACAAGGCGCCAACUUGGUACUGCUCACAAUUACUGAAUUACUAUCAACUCAGUGGAGUGGGAAUGCCUCGAUAUAGUUAUUUUGGUGUUGGAGAUAGUAAUUUAAUCCAAGCACAUGUUCUUUUACCAGAUAAAAGAAUAUUUGUUGGAGAUCCUUGUGCGAAUCACGAACAAGCAGCAGGAAGUGCUGCAAAGAAAGUUUAUAUAGAACUAAAAUUAGCUAAUUUAUUGCCAAAUAUGAAGAUACCUUUACCGCCCCCGCAACAUUGGUACUCUAAUCCCCAGAACAGUAAUUGGCCACAGAAUAUAAGGCCACCACCAGUACCAUAUUACCCUCCAGACCCUAAACUUCUUCAACUUUUCCCUGAUUGGGUUCAAAAGGACCAUCAUCGCGUACCUGGACUUCAAGAACAGCCCAAGCAUAAUAAACAUCAGUAUAAGCAUCAUAUUCAUCCAAAAGUAGAACGAACUCAUAAUCAGAAGGAACCAAAGGCAGAGACAAAGAAGUGUACAGCUUUCGUACCCUUACAAGCACAAAAGAAAAGCAGACACAUCACAGCCAAACAGGCUGUAAGCAAAGACAGUGCAAAUCAAAGUGCCAAAGACAAACCUCAACCCACAGUACAACAAAAGGGAAAGGAAUCGCCAGCGAAGACGAUAAAAGUGGAAGCUGUCAGCACGACCUUUGAGAAGCAGAAACCAGUGCAGAAUAGUUCACAUCAAGUACAAAAUACACAGAUCUUAAUAAAGCCUAAAAAGUCGCGAGUUGCGGCGAAAUUUUGCAUAUCAACUCAAAUUGAAGAAGCCAAUCAUAGUAAAAAUCAAAAUUCAGAUUAAAGAAAAAGGAAGAACAUUUGAUAAACAAUCGAAAGACAUUUUGACGCGCUUAUCUCUCUUUUACAUUUCUUUCCGAUAUUGUGUAAUAAACAAUUCCAAGCAAAAACAAGGUGCAUGUGUGCAAAUGGAAAAAGAAUCUUCAAGGAUAUUGAACUAGCAUGUUUGUAAUACUCAAUCAUAAGUAACUUUUAUUUUGGAAUUUUCUUUUUUCCGAUUUUGUAAGCAUAUCGACAUUUCAAAUGUAAGUCAUUUUUAUUUUGUAGUUUCCUUUUUUCUCCGUUCUUUUGUAAGCAUAUCGAGUUGAAUGUUAUACAUCCGAAUGAUGUUGAAACAUAGAAGUUAAUUUGUAAGAUUGAUUUAAUGUGAUUUAGAAACAACAAGAUAAAUGAAUAUUUUAUGUUUUAUGUCGUGUGGAGGUCGAUAUUGAGUAUUAUGUAGAUUACAGUAUAUGGAUUCUAUUAAAAAAUGGAAAUGAUUUCUUUGUAAACUUUUAAAACGCACUGAUUAUGGACAAUGAAUAAAAAAAAUCGAUGUCUUAUGUAA